GCAAGACAUAAAAUCGAUAGUUCAAAUUUGGUUCAAAAAUCUCGAGAGAAAGGAGUUAGUACCUUUGAGCAAAUCGGAUCAUAAAUGCUGUUCAUCGAUUUGGGCACUGUUCGCGAUCAGCUGCCGCACGCAACGCCUGUCGCCGUCUCGAUCGAUUCCGCCUACAUAUAGCCGUAAGCUGACAGACAGACCAUGCCUCACCGGAGCCUGCUUGACUCCCCCCACUUCGAGGCCGCUGCCAUGGGGGACACCGUCGCUGGCGCCGCCAACUACCGCGGCCUGCCCGCCUCCCGUGCCGCCACCGGCGGCUGGAAAUCUUCGAUCUUCGUCAUGGCAAUGGAGAUUGCGGAGAGGUUCGCGUACAAGGGCGUUGCGGCGAACCUGAUCACGUACCUGACGGGGCCGCUGGGGCAGCCGAUGGCGAGUGCGGCGGCGUCCAUCGACGCGUGGAAGGGCGUCUCGCAGAUGCUGCCGCUGCCGGUGGCCUGCAUCGCCGACGCCUGGCUCGGGCGCUACCGGGCCAUCAUACUCGCCUCCAUCAUCUUCGUCCUGAGCAUGGGCACACUGUCGCUCUCGUCGGCGUUCCACAUCUUCCGGUCCGGCGGGCACGUGGCCGUCUUCUACGUGGCGCUGUACCUGGUGGCGCUGGGCGAGGGUGCGCACAAGCCGUGCGCUCAGGCCUUCGCGGCGGACCAGUUCGACGAGAAGGACCCCAAGGAGAACGUGGCGCGGAGCUCAUUCUUCAACUGGUGGUACUUCGGCAUGUGCGCCGGCACCGCCGUCACCACCAUGGUCUCCAGCUACGUCCAGGACAACGUCGGCUGGGGCCUCGGUUUCGGCAUCCCCUGCAUCGUCAUCGCCGUUUCCCUGGCCCUCUUCCUCAUCGGCACUCCGACGUACCGCUACUAUACCACCAAGGAGCCCAGCCCCGUCGCCCGCGUCGGCAAGGCCUUCUUGGUGCUCAUCAAGAGCUGGAGAUCAAAGCACCGGACCAACCCGGCGGGCGGCAAAGUGGAGGGCAAGGAGAACUCCGAGGACCUCGUCGAGGAGGUGAAGAGCGUCUUCCGCCUGCUCCCGAUCUGGGCGUCCUGCAUUAUCUACGCCAUCAUCUUCUCCCAGACGUCCACCUUCUUCACCAAGCAGGCCGCGACCAUGGACCGGCGGAUCGGGCCGAAAUUCAAGGUGCCGCCCGCGGCGCUGCAGACCUUCAUCAGCGUCAGCAUCGUGGUCUUCAUCCCGGUCUACGACCGCCUCUUCGUUCCGCUGGCCCGGCGAUACACUGGGCGGCCCACGGGCAUCACCAUGCUGCAGAGGGUGGGCGCCGGGCUGUGCCUCUCCCUCGUCGCCGUCGUGCUCUCCGCCCUCGUGGAGAUGAAGCGGCUCCAGGUGGCGAGGGACGCCGGCCUGGUGAACUCCCCCAAGGCGCAGCUUCCGAUGACGCUGUGGUGGAUGGUGCCGCAGUACGUCCUCAUCGGCGUCUCCGACGUCUUCGCCAUGAUCGGCCUGCAGGAGUUCUUCUACGACCAGGUGCCCGACGCGGUGCGCAGCCUCGGCCUCGCGCUCUUCCUCAGCAUCUUCGGCGUCGGCCACCUCCUCAGCAGCUUCCUCAUCUCUGUCAUCGACAGGGCCACGGCCAAGCGCGGGGCCAGCUGGUUCUCCAAUAACUUGAACCGCGCGCACCUCGACUACUUCUACUGGCUGCUCGCCGGACUGUGCGUCCUGGAGCUGCUCGCCUUCUUCUUCUUCUCGCGGGCUUAUGUCUACAAGAAAAAGGGCGGCGAUGGUGAGGGCAAUGGUGAUUACAGGGGAGGUGAUGCGGAUGCUGCAUUGGUGUAGCUCGUAAUUCUGGAUGUUACGUGUAGGUAGUCAGUGCAAAAUUUUCAGAUUGUUGUUGUCUGUAAAAAAACGAACAAUCUUGGCAUAUCGUGCGCAGCAUUAUAGCAGGCGGUCUGUGCGUGCUACACCGUCAUUCUGGGGAUGAACCCCUGUAAAAAAGAUGAACACAGCCCAACAAAUAGCGAGCAAUUUAUAUUUUGAUCACAAGGAGGAAAAUAAACUAUCUUUAUCA